UUUCUUCUUUGCAAUCCUCUGCUUCACCGCCUUCGUUAAUGGAAGUGUUAUUGCUGGUCGUGAUAAUGGAAAUGUUAUUGCUGGUCGUAGAGUACGAUGUAAUACUGGGGCGGGAUCCGGCUUUAUUUGUCAAAAAAGAACAGGAGGACCAACUUUCUGCUGCCCAAAAAAGAAUGACUGCUUAAACGGAGUUAAUGAAUGUGACCCAUUACCUCCUUAA